GCAAAGUCUAAACUCGAAGCUAUGUAUCCAACCCAGUCGACUCCUUCCCUGCUCUGCUUUCAGGUGCUGUGCGCAGCAGAGGGGGUCCUUGCGCUUGUUCUACAGUAGGAGCUAUCGCUGCAGCAACUGAGAAGGUGAGUUGCUUCACCAUUUCCUAGCCGCUCGCUGAUGGUACUCAGAUUUCCCUGUCCUUCUGCUUUCUCAUACUUCCAGGUACAGCUAAUCCCAUUUCCAGGGAGUGUUUGUCACGGUGUCUAAAGGGAAGGGAGGAAUAGAGUGACUUUCCAUACAGUGGAAGGGAUGUUCUGAAGCUGAAAUUUGCACGAAAGUGGGGUUUAAAAUAAUCUAUACAUGUAUCAAAAAGAACUGCUUGUGCUUUUGCCUUUCAUACAAAGGGAAUGGCCACAUCCCCUUCUCCAGCUCAACCCCACAUAUGGGAGAGGCCGUAGCAUAGUGGUAGAGUGUGUGCUCAGCACGCAAAAAGUCUGAGGUUUAAUCCCUGUUCUCUCUAGUUAGAAGGAUCAGCUUGAAGGGGGCAAGGGGAAAUCCUCAGAUCUUCAAGAACUGCUGCCAGUUACUGGAGACAAAUGAACAAACAAACUGGCCUGGUAGGAGGAAGCUUCCUGUUGUCCUCGUACAAAUCUUUCUGGCUGGAAAUACCCUAAAUAUAAUUGAUUCCUGGUGUCCUGACAUCCCAGCAAUUUGGAAUAUGGAGAUGGAACAAACUGCUUGGCUCUUAAGAGCGCCCAUGGCUGCUAAAGGCCGCUAUUGUAUAAUUGGAAACAUAAGACUCAGCCAUAAAAUAUUAUUGAUAAUUAGGCAAAUUUGAGGAGAGGUAACUAUGGCCUAGUUCCCAUGGCACAGUAAGCUAAACUAUGGCUUGGCAUGAAUGUGUAAGUAGGUGUGCAAGCUCUGGGAAAGGAUAUUGUGGUUGCUUUCCUCUUCAUUGGCCUUUUGCCCGCUGUGCUGAGCUAAGCCAUAGUUUGGCUGAGGGUGUCAUUUGAACCCGGGCUCACCACUUAGCUCUCCCAGGCAAACAAUGAGCUGUAAACUAUUAGCCUGGACUUGGACAACACACUAAGCCCAAACAAUGGAUUAGUUCAGUGUGGCACAGCAGCAAAACAACUGGGUUGAAGCAAAAUAGGGUGCAACCUGCUCUCAGGGAAACUGAAACACUUCCACAUUUGAUGUGGUGUGGCAUGUGAAGCAAGCCACUCUUAGUUACACCACACAGAAAAUAAGGAGGAUUUGUGGCACUAAGUUUUCAUGGAUUAAAGCCCAUUUUGUCGGCCGCAUGAGGUUUUAUCCCAGCUGGUUUAUGUGUAUGUGUGCAUAUGUAUAUAUGUAAUCACACAGAGAAACGUCAAGUGUGGGGGCAUAAGCAGAAAGUCCAAAGGGCUGUGAAGUGCUCGAUUUACAAUGAGUGACAUUUCCAUGCAAAGCUCAACUGUGCAAGGUAAACAUAAUUAAUGGACUUGGUGACUAAUAAGGGUGGGCACAUCUUUCAGUUUCUUCCCGGUUUCUUAUUUUUCCAGUCUUAAGUUCAGUUCUUCACGUUUUAACAUCAGCAUGUGAAUUUAUUCAUUUUUUUUAAAAAAGGUUUUCAUGAAAAUUCACCAGCAUCUUAGUGUGAAUUUCUCCUAAUGUACACAUUUUUGCAAAGAAAAUAUCCCUACAAUUAUGCAUUUAUGUAUAUUAGUUCACUAAUAAGUGAAUGUGUAUGCACACUUUACUCUGGUAUAUGCCUUUUUAUACACAUUCUUUGGCUGCAUUGCAAAAUUCAGAGAAGUGUGAAUUCCACAGGGUGGCUGUGUUUCAGUCCUUGUAUUAUUUCAGAGAGUGCAAAUUAAGGAAUAUUUAAGUGUGAAUUGAAUAAAAAUUCUCCACCAUCCCUAUGGCCUAAGGAUGAUGUGGCAUAUAAAUAUGCAGUAUAAAAAGGAAGCAGUACUGAGGACCAUCUGAUGGUGUUCAGGUUGUUGUUUUUCUGUGUUGUUUUCCUUCCAUUCAUUUUUCUUUCCCUUCUUUUCUUUCUUCUUCUAUUUUGGAUUUUUGCUAGUUCUAUUUCUUUUUCUCCUUAGCUGUAUUUCAGCCUCUGAAUAGAUUUGAGUGGGCAGCUAGAUGUACAGGAGUUCACAAUUUGAUCCAAAGUCUUUAAUAGAGAGAAGUUUACCACAUCCCACUACUUCUUUCAUGCAAACCUGAAAUAUUGAUUAGAUAGACAUGAGUGUUGGGCAUCUGUCUGGAGAUAUAAUUGAUGUAUAAUCCACAGGAUCAAAAGUCAGGAAGAUGGCAGAUCUCUUUCACCAUAGGAAUGACAUUUGUUACAAGCAAGUUUAUGCAUAUCUUUCAUACCAUUUGAUACCACUGGAGGACUCUGCUUGCCACAACCAACUGUUCUUCACGUUAUAUUCAUUCUUGCAUGUGGACAAGAGUCUUUCUUCAUCAGGAAGAAUUUGAUUCUGAAAACUUUAGACCUUUUAUGUUCCUUCUUUGGAAGAUGCCAAGUUCUAAUUAGGAUUCUGUGGUUUGCAAAUACAAAAUACUACAUAGUUCCCAUGGCAGUUUUAAAAUAUGCCUCUUUUCAGCCCUGUUGCUAGUUAAGGUUUGUUUGCUUUUUUGUUUAUUAUUCGCAUUUCCCACCUUUCUUCCAAGCAACCUGGGGUUUAGCCUUGCAACAUCUUUGUGAGAUGGGUUAGGUUGAGAGAUGGCGACUGUCCCAAGGCAAUCCAGUGAGCUUCUUGGCUGAGUGGGGAUUUGAGCUUUGUUAACUGAGUUCCUGCUAUCAGGAUCCCCUGAAGGCUCAUUGAGAUGGAUGCUGCAGCAUCCCUACUUGUGGGGAGAUGCCAUCAGUACCCAGUUUUGACUCCAUGUAGUAGUGAUGAAGGGACGUGGGUGGCGCUGUGGGUUAAACCACAGAGCCUAGGACUUGCCGAUCAGAAGGUCGGCGGUUUGAAUCCCUGCGACGGGGUGAGCUCCUGUUGCUCAGUCCCUGCUCCUGCCUACCUAGCAGUUCGAAAGCACAUCAAAGUACAAGUAGAUAAGUAGGUACCGCUCCGGCGGGAAGGUAAAUGCCGUUUCCGUGCGCUGCUCUGGUUUGCCAGAAGCGUCUUAGUCAUGCUGCCCAUAUGACCCGGAAGCUGUACGCCGGCUCCCUCAGCCAAUAAAGCGAGAUGAGUACCGCAACCCCAGAGUCAGUCACGACUGGACCUAAUGGUCAGGGGCCCUUUUACCUUUACCUAGUAGUGAUGAAGGGUGAGGGAAUUUAAGGCAUGUAAGGUGGAUAUAUUUAGACAUUUUAAAACCUAGGGAACAUUUCAACCCCUUGUGUCUAUUUGUUUCCUCCACAGUGAAACUGAGAGCAGCUUCAACAAAGCCAACAGCAUGACCAGGCCAAGUGGCAAGUCCAUUUACCGUAAGAACAGCCUGUUCUUUUCUCCUGCAUUCAACAUCUCCAGUCUUAAUAAGUCAGAAUCCCCAUCCCAGAGCUCUCAGGGUUUCUUUGUUCGUUUUUAUUAUUUGCUGCAAAGUCUCAUAUUGGAAGUGGGGGGGAGAGAUAACCAAAUUGUAGAUGCCACCUGCGUCCUCUCCUAUUUCUGUCACAGCAGUAUUAGAACGCUUUUUACCUGAGGGAUUGGCCUUAGAGUAAUAUAGUUGCCACUUUCCUUUAUGAUUUCUCUUCUCCUCCUCAGACAGCAGUGAGAUCAGCCGUCCCUCACAAACAAGCUAGUUAGAAGGGUGGAGAGCUCCCCAUCCCCACCUUCCUGCUUGUCAAUAAAAAAUAAGAAAUUCUCCCUAGUUGCACAGUUAAUCAUUUGACAUUGGAGCAAUAUUAAUAGAAGCCACACAUCCAUUCUAAUCACCCAGCAAUGAAGCCAUAGGGCUGUAGUAGACCACAUGGUGAAGCAGAGAUGAUUACCUGACCUCCUGCUGUUUACCAGGAGGGAUGAGGUAGUGGGGAGGGUGAUGUAAAGCAAGACCAAGGAUUACCUAGGAAGUAAGGUCUCAUAACAUCUUCCUGCUUAAGGCAAAGGUGAAGAUGGUGCAGAAGUCAACUGGACUGGCAGUUGGAGUUUCUUUUGGUAUUGGCAAUAUGAUUGUGUCUGCCACUACACCUCAGGCCAAUGUGGUGGCAGGCGGUGUGGCACACACAAUUCUGCCCUCCAACUAAUGGGUACAGGUAGGGAUCUGGAUGCUGCUUCCCCAAAACGUCUGCUGCCUAUGGCAGUUGCCACACUCUGCCUAAUAAUAGGGACGGCCCUGCUCCAACUUACGCACUUGCUUGCAACUCAUUGGCCACACGAGAAACUCCUUCCAAGAUGCCUUCCUUAUGAAUCGUUGGAGCCAAAGCUAUUUGACCAUUCUGAAUUCCCUGAUAUUUGUACAAGAGGUUGUACAAACCUCAUACAGAGGUUUGGAUUCAUAUAUUUAAGUGAGGAUUCCCUUACAUCUGGGGAUACUGAAGUUGAUUUCUUCAUACUGUGCCUCCUCUCUCUCUCUCUCUCUCUCUUGCUCUCAUAGACCAGCGGAAGGAAUAUACUGAAAGUAUGAUAAAGCACCAACAUGAAUUCCAGCACCGCGUGGAGGUAGGAAAAGCUUGGGGAAGCAGAGACAUCUCAUUCUGUCCAGUCAUAGUGGAAGAAUGAACUGGUCCCAUGCAGUGGUGCCAGUUCCUAAACUUGGUGGUGCCACACAAUUCCCAUCAUGUUGGUGGCCUCAUACUCUCUCCUACAGGAGAUCCCAUGUGGGUCGCCCAUUCCCUGACUUUCAUCUCCUACACGUGUUCAAAGGAACAUGUUUGGUGAAGGGAGCAGAAUCACAGCAUCACGCACCAUUCCCAACCUACACACAUUAAUUUGAAUGUGUUAAAAGAAAACCUACAUGAAUAAGGCUUUCUCCACAGAAAUGGGGAACCGCUCCAGACUAUAUGUGCAGAGGCUCUCAUCAUUCAUUCAGAUGAAUGUGGAUUAGGCAGGGACAGGACAUGCCAACUGUGAUCCCACUUGCUCCCUCACUCAAGGCUGAGCCAUGGGCAGAGGAGCCAAGAGCUGUGGGGGAAGCAAGUAGCCAGGAGCGCAUCAGAGCUCAGGAAAUCCUUAUUGUUCAAAGAAAGCUUUUAUACUCCUUCCUGCCCAGGAAGAUUCAAUGGGAAGCUUGAGUGGGUAGAGCCAGGCCAGGACCAGAAGGUUUUCCACCAAGAAGAUUGCCACCAGCAGGUCCAUAAUUCACCACAGGGCAAUCCAAUAAAAUCGUCACACAAAUGAACCAUGAGUUCCUGACUACUGUGCACAGAAGGAGCUCAGGUCCUAGUCUCUCAGACCUGAAGUUACCCUGAGGUCCAGCACUAGAAGGCUAUACUUGCUACACAAUUUAAAAAUACUUAGCUGAAAAAUCAUCUGCUUUUUGAUCAUCCAGUUAAUCAAUCAAUUAAAUUUAAAUAUAUUUGUAUACCACUGAAACAUCUGUGUAGGAUUUUCUGAGAUAGUAGGAAGAAUGAGCAUCUUUAAUAUUUUCUUUCAUUCCUUUUCGCAGUAACAUACUAGGACCAAAUUAUCACUAGAAAUAAACACACUACUCAGUUAAUUAUAAUUUGCCCCAGUAGAUAAGCGUUUCCUCCACCAAUGGUUCAACUAAAGCUUUCAGCUUACAGCCCUUAUAAUUUCAUAGAAAGGGUAGAGCCUUAAUACACCACAGCAUAGAGGACCAUUCAAUGCAAUACUUCCUGGUCCCUUCCAUGGAAACUGUUUAUGUGGGGGUGGAGUGUCCUGAUUACCUGCUGCAACAAUUAAACUAUGGCUUCUAUUCCCAGCACCUUCUUACCUGCAGUGUUGAUGGCAAGGAAAUUAGCAAUGUAGAGAACUGUAUUAACCGACUCAAGAUGAUGGAUGCCCAAGGUCAGGUGUGGGGACAAGACAUGCUUUUGCAGGUGAAGGAUAACAGAUUGUUGCUGACUGACAUUGAGGCAGAGGUAAGCAGAGCUGCUUUAUCUUAUUGUGCACACCAUGUAAUGUCAGCGGGGGACAAGUUGUGAUAAGUAACUGAGUCCACAUCUUGAUUGGAAGGGACCAGACCUCUAAAUACUCAUUUAUACAUUUAUUCAUAAAACAUUUCUAUACUGCCUUUCACACCAGCUAAAGAUAUACCUAUGGUAUUACCAUCAAAAAUGAUUAAAAGUCAAGCUGGUCUCAGCAGAUCGUCCUCGCUCUGUCACAGGUUGGCUUGUAGAGCUCCCCACCCCAUCCUUCAGACCUGGAAGAUUGUGAUAGGAUUGAUUGCCAGGGAAUCCCCAAUGGCCUGCACUGCUGCUGACUGUACACUGAUUUCUUUCUUUGCUUACAGGAAGAGCUGGAUAGUUACCCCCUGGAAUAUAUCCAGGAAUGUGCCUGUGUCUUGGACAGCUGCAUCUACAACUCCAUCUUGGCCAUCACUGUGAAAGAAAUGAGACCAUCCAGGACUAGCAUCAUGCUGUUUCAGUGCGAGCAGAUUGGGGUGAGCAACUUCAGGGCCCAGAGGAAGGAAGAGACCUGGGCAGGGAGGGGGGUUAGAACAACCUGUAUGUUCCAUGAAAUGAAAGAUUGCAUUUACUGUGUCUUUUUAGAUAGUCAUGGUGGGGCCAUGACACAUGGGGAACUUUUCCCCUGAACACCCACCCAGCUGCUAUUUGGUAGGGUUUUUUUUCCUCCUGUGGCAAAUAGCAGCUGGGGUGGGGAGGGGUUUCUGCCAGGACCAUGGGACAAGAGCAAAAAUAUCUCAUUGUGCUCCUGAUUCUCAUUGCCUCCCAUUGUUGUGAUUUAAAACACAAUCAUUGCAGUCACACAUUAACAUGUGUCGUUUGACCUUUAUCCAUGUAUCUGUGUGCAAGGUGGAUGGAUGGAAAGAAAGAAAGAAAGAGGGAGGGAGGGAGGGAGGGAGGGAGGGAGAAUCUGAGAGUAAGAACUGCGUUGUAGAAGUUCCCUGUACUCACUACAACUUGGAUCACUCAAGUACGUGUCCUCCAUCCUGCACUACCAUGAGCUAAGAGGAGUUCUAUAAACUGAUGACAGAUUUCCUCCCAAGGGUAUAGGGAACUCAUUACUGCUGCUAUUGCCAUAGAAAUUGAGAGUGAUUUCUAUUCCCUGUGCACCACAGUAGUAGCAGGAGUUCCAGCUCAGAGCAUGCCUGAAGCUGAGAUUAGAGGAAGAUAUUUUCAGGGGAACUUUGGUAGAUGCUGGUGAAUGGUUGUAAAAAGUGAUAGACUUGCUUUUACUUUCCUCCAGGCUGAGCUGCUGAAAACCAAAGUGGAGAAGGCCGUUGAGGAGUUGAGAGAUGAACAGCAGAAUCACAACUUGCUCAGGUAGUGAGAAAUUUAGAGGCCUGUGGUCUGGACAGCCAAACCUUUCUUUCUCCAGAAGCCUGCUAGAUUUUAACUUGUGCAUAAUCAUUAUCAAUGCAGAACUCCUCAGUCCAGAGAGACUUCUCCCCCAAGUCAACGUAAGAUAUAUCCCAGCCAUAGAGAAAUAUAUUAUUUCUACUGGCCACCUGGAACCCAAUCAUACUGAGUUGUUAGGCUGUGAAUCUCUGCCUCACUUGUCUGUUAAGCAUGUGUCAUCUCCCUCUCUCCCAUGUUCACAAGCUUUUUCUCACACUUUUCGGUGAUUUCUUGUUAUCCAAAUUCUCCCAGGCAGAUUCCACCAGUGCUCUUGCAGUUCCUUUAGGUUCAGGUUCAGUGCUGAAUUUUCCAAGGUUUUCCUUCAUUCUUGCUUUCCUAAGAAUGUACUUAUUCUCAAUUAUCUUAUCAGGAGCAACCUGGAGAAUAUGUUGUACCAGCAGAGCCGAUCAUCACGUACUGACAAAUCCCCACUGAUCUCCCAAGAAAGAAGACCAGUAGGGCCAAUGGAGCCGAACCAUAUGCCUUCUCCAGCACAACAGCCUUGGCAGAGGCAGCAGCAACAUCCUUGGAGAGCUGGCCCAGUCCCUGUGGACUAUGGUAAUGAUGACGUUACAGUCUCUCUUGCAACACGCAGCAGCAUUUGUAGCUCCCACUCUCAUAAUGCAUCAGGAAGCGGUCAGAGGAGACAUUGUAUCUCCUAAGCAAGAAUAAAUGCCUAUGGGUUGUAUCCAAAGUAGCACUGCAUAACGUGUCUCUUUAGUGCAAGGACUUUCACUCCUCCACCUGCAUCCCCCUAAAUCUGUUCUAGGGAUUCACCCCAACCCUCUAAAGCAGAUUUUGAGGAGGGUGAAGGUGAGCACAAGCAAACGCUUUUACGACAUGGGCCUGUAACAGUACCAUUGUACUGUUGAGAGUGUAUUAACUUAAGGUCUGUGUGUGUGGUUUGGGAGCUGCACAGUCAGGGAAAAAACAAUGCUGUCCAGGGCUGUAAAAACUGCGGAGAGAAUAAUUGGGUGCACUCUUCCCACCUUGGAUCAAAUCUACGCUUCCAGGUGUCAUAAGAAAGCUGCAGAGAUAGUGCAGGAUAGUGCAACAUGUUAAAUGGUUGCCCUGCUUCCUGAUGUGGUAUGUCUUGCUUCACUGCGAGAAGCAAAGUUACAGGGAACUAGGCAGAGGGCCUUCCCAGUAGUGCUGCCUGCCCUGUGGAAUGGCCUCCCAUCAGAUGUCAAGGAAAUAAACAACUAUCUGACUUUUAGAAAACAUCUGAGGGUAUCCCUGUUUAGGGAAGUUUUUAAUGACUGGUGUUUUAAUGUAUUUUUAAUAUUUUGUUGGAAGCUGCCCAGAGUGGCUGGGGAAACCCAGCCAGAUGGGCAGGGUAUAAAUAAUAAAUUAUUGUUAUUAUUAUUGAUCUUGGGACUCUGUUGCAGAAGCAGAACAGCCACUUCACCAGCAGCAGAAAUAUGAGUCAAUGUAUGAAGACCCUGGACCUCCAAUGAUGCAAGACACAGACAGAGAUGCUGUAAGUACUUUCCCGGAUACCACCUCCUGCUAGCCCCCAACUCAACCUCUUUCCCCGUUGUCUUUCUAGAGGGUAGGAACCUCAAGCACUGAUAACAGGGGGGAUUAUUUGAUUAAGCAGGGCAGGAAAGCUGUGUUGUCUGAGAGCUUGAUUGGACAGAGGGAGAGGGGCAUCUCUUGGCUGUGAGACCUGGAAGACCAGCUCCCUGCCUUGGAGGCCUUUUUCCAACUGGUCUGGGAGGGGAGGGCUCAGGCUGACUCCAGCUACAAAAGCUGAGGCUGCUAAACAGACGUUUGGGCUGGGGCAUUGUUUAGGGGUUUUUGUUUUUGCUAUUAUUGAGAUGAUGAGAGAGAGGGGGGGUUGUAUCUUUAUCUUAAAUCUUAAUGUGUUUAGUGUGGAACCUUUUCAAUUUGACUGUGUGCUUUUUGAGGUUUUAUUUAUUGUUCAUGAUUACUUUUGUUAUCUUUGUAAUUAAGUAUUUUUUUAUAUUGUAAUCCACCUUGAGCAUGGCUUUAACUAUGGAAAGGCAACAUACAAAUAAAAUAAUGAAUGAAUGGUGUGAUAUGAAUGCCUAUUGGAUAGAGACAUGAGUUGGGCUACUUUGAAGAACACUGUGCAGUCAAGAAGCACUUCUGCUGAGCAGAUAUUGACAGAUAGCUCAAAAACUGGUUUGUCGGAUAGAAGAGAGUCAGGAAGAUGGGCAGUUAGGAGCCAACCUUACAAACAUUAACGGAUUCCUAUAACCCUAUAACCCUUGGUCCGGGAGUAAUUUGUGAUAGCCAAAUGUAUCGUAUGACUAAUUUACCUGCUCUUUUGUCUGAGACUUUUCUCCCAGACUUGAGCUGAAGACCAAACAAAGCAAAAAUGACAGAUAAUCAGCCAGUAUAAAACAAAGUCUCCAAUGAUGGCUGUGAGAAUUUGAACUUCUGUCAUAACAGACUGACUGAAAACCCUAAAGAAAGUCUGAAAAGAGUGCUGGAAUUGAUUAAAGAAUUUGGAGAAGUGGCAGGCUUCAAGCUGAAUAUAACAAAAACAAAAAUGCUUGUUAAAAAUGUAACCACAGAAGAAAAGGACGAUUUAGAAAAAUAUUGGGCCUGAAAAUCUCCUCAAAAGCGAAAUACCUGGGUAUUUGGAUCACCCCCCAAGAACAUAAACUUAUUUCAGGAUAAUUACACCAAAACUUGGUUAGAGAUUAGAAAAAACUUUGUAACCUGGAGUAAACUAAAAUUAACAUUUCUGGGUAGGAUUUCCAUUAUAAAGAUGAAUGUGCUUCCAAAAUUAAUCUUUUUAUUUCAAAUGAUUCCAAUACUGGGCGAAGCAGGUUGUCUCAAGAUAUGGCAAAGAGAAAUUUCCAAAUUCCUGUGGGAAGGGAAGAAACCUAGGAUUAAACACCUGAUCUUAAUAGACAUAAAAGAGAGAGGAGGCUUUUCCCUACCCGACCUAAAACUUUACUACGAGGCAGCAUGUUUCACCUGGCUAAAAGAUUGGUGCACGUUGCAGGAUUCGGACCUCCUGGACCUGGAAGGUUUUGACAACCGUUGGGGAUGGCACGCCUACCUAAUAUAUGGAAAAGCGAAAAUUCAUAAAAACUUUACCAACCAUAUAAUAAGAAAGUCACUCUUUGCUGUAUGGGAAAAAUAUAAAGACCUGAUGGAGCCUAAAGUCCCGUGGUGGACUUCUCCAGUAGAAGCCAUAGCAGUAAAACGGAAAAAUACUCAGGAAAGCUGGCCAACAUAUAAAAUACUUCUAAAAAUGAAGAUAACCAAAUAAAAUUAAAAAACUUUGAGGAAAUAAGAGACCAUAUUUCAGAAUGGUUCCAAUACCAUCAGUUAUUUGAAAAAUUUAAAUCUGACAAACAAAAGGGGUUCUCAACAGAAAUUUCCCGAUUCGAAUCUGAUCUUCUAAAUUCUAAAAGAAAAACUCUUUCCAAAACUUACCGACUCCUCCUUGACUGGACAGUCAAGGAGGAGGAGGUAACAGUGGCAAUGGUGAGGUGGUCCCAGGAUUUUGGCCACUCAAUAACCAUGGCCCAAUGGGAAAAUUUAUGGAAGAUCAAUUGGAAAUUCACAAAUUGUUACACGAUUAGAGAGAACUUUCAAAAAUGCAACAUCGAUGGUAUCUAACACCAUGGAAGCUUUCAAAAAUGUAUAAAAAUGUAUCAAGUAAUUGUUGGAGAUGCGGAGACUCAGGAACAUUCUACCAUAUGUGGUGGAUAUGUAGGAAAAUACAGGUAUUCUGGGAGAGUAUACAUGCAGAACUGCAAAAAUGCUAAAGAUCUCUUUCAAUAAAAAACCAGAGGCCUACCUCCUGGGAAUAACAGAUUUGGAUAUUCCACAAAAGAGGAAGGGUAUCUUUUUAUAUGCGACGGCGGCAGCAAGAGUUUUGAUCGCAGCAAAAUGGAAGAGUAAUGAAAUCCCUCUAUUCAAGAUUGGAUCCAAAAGCUGACAGAAUAUGCUGAAUUAGAUGGUUUAUCAUAAAAAAUAAAUCAAAACAGGAAUUUGUUUCUAAAUGGGAGGUUUUUAAAGAAUAUCUGAAAAAUAAAUAUAGUAGUUUAAAUUCUGUUGCAGCAUUCGAGGAACUUCAGUAAUAGUUGCAAGGUAGAUAUAAGAAAUUAGAUUUAAUGAGAAUAAGUUUAAUUAUGAAAAAAAAAGUGUAUUGGCAAUAAGUAAUAUGAAUUUGAAGUAUGGAAUAGAUGGGAGGUUGGGUCUUUAGUGUUAAGACCAAUAGAUGUUUUAUUGUUUGCUAAGAAUAUUAAGUGUCUAUGGUUAUUUUUGUAAUUUGUGUGUAAUUCGGUAUUUGUGUUUUUUGUUUGUUUGUUUUUCUUGUUGUAUAAAUAAUUCUUUUUUUUAUUAAAAAAAAGAGAGAGAGAAUUUGAACUUCUGGUGGUUCCUUGAGAAACAGCUUUUGAUGCAGUGUCUGAUUUAAUUUUUUUUUUAUUUAUUUUUGUUCCUUUGCUGGCCACAGGAGAUCCUGAACCAUGUCUUGGAUGACAUUGAAACGUUUGUAGGGAAAGUACAGGAGACCAGUAGAUCCCAGAAUGACAAGAAGAAGAAGAAGUCGAAAAAGAAUAAAAGCAAAGAGGGUAAAUAAGAAUGGCAAAGAGGUCGCCAUGAGGUUCUGACCCCAAGCAUUUUUCUGCCUUAAGCAUAUCAAUAUAUGACAAUGCCUGCCUUGGCGUGCAUCAACCUUGGGUCCCUCACAUGUUGUUGAACUACAAUUCCCAUCAACUGUCAUGGGUGACAGAAGUUGUAGUCCAAGAACAUCCAGGAGCCCAAGGUUGAAGAACAGUACCCUACCCUAACACCAGGCCAAGGUACGUACUGCUGAAGUGAUGUCAAGAUCCUGCGGUACUUGAGACAGAUAAUCUCAUGGGUUUUCUCCCCCUCUUUGGCAGUAACAGUGCAAUAACAAGACAUAGACAAUGUACUUGAUUUAACACUUGAUUGGAAGCCACCCAGAGUAGCUGGGGAAACUCAGCCAGAUGGGCGGGGUAUAAAUAAUAAAUUAUUAUUAUUAUUAUUAUUAUUAUUAUUAUUAUUAUUAUUACAUAGAAAAAUCAACAGGACCACAGUCAAUAGUAGGGAAAGGCACCCAUGUCAGCCACUGUGGCAUCACUCAAAAAAAAAAAAGCUCAAAGCCCCUCUCCACUGUUCAGAAUGGUGUGGGCAUCGAAUCCUGGCAUUCAAUGAAACAUGAGCAUAUUUAAGGGAGGAUGGACUUUUGUAGGAGAGGCCAGCCAGCGCAAACAGGAACUGAGUAGAAAAAGCAAGCAGUAUCUUAUGCGUUGCGGAUUGUUGACAGAAUAUUUUUUGUGGGUUUUUGCAGUCACUGAAGAUAUUAUCAGGUACACUGGCACCUCUAGGUGCUGGAUUGGAGGGUCACAGGUUCACGAAGUUCACAGAAGCUAUUCUUGAUGAUGUCCACCAGGGAUGGCUUGUGCACUUUGGAUCAGGGUGUCUGCUAGGACAGGGAAAAUUUCCAAGCAGCUGCUGUAGCUGGCCAAGGCCUGUGGAGGAUUAGCCUUGGCAGCUGUGUUGAGCCAUAAGCCAGUUGCUUGGUUACGUUCUGUCUUAUCUACACUUUCAACUUAAUGAAGAGCCUGUGAGCUAGUGAGUGGGUGGCUUCUUUAUAUCCGAUGCACUCAGGAUAGUGAGAUAGAGAUUGGAUUCCAAGUAAUUCAUUCAUGGGGACACUUCAUGUCCUUGCAGAAAUAUGAACAUUCUAUGCAGAUUUGAUCGCUUAUUUUCUGUCUCCUUAUCUGCCCUUAGAGCUCCUUUGACAGCUGAAGGUUGAACCAUAACUCACUGUUUUCCUACUUCAGAUAUAACAUUGGUCUUUAAUAUUCUAUUUUAUUUUAUUUUGGUCCCUUUUUGUUGGGAAAUAACUGGGGAAUGUCAGUUAAUCCUGAAGUCCCAUGUGUGUAGGGAACUGCAAAAGAAAAAUAGAUGACUCACUGAAUUAAAAAAGGGGGGGGCUUAACUCACUCUUUAGCCAAAACAGCCCUCAGCAGAGUUUAAAACAGCAUUUUCAAAGCAGGGGAAACAUACUGUAGGUUGUUAGACCUUUAAAUGUCCAAGUAUUAAGCAUUCUCCCCUGCCUCUACCCCUCUCAGAGUGAAGAGACCACAAGCUUUAGUAAGUUUAAAUGUUUUACUUAUAGUAAUCACAGGUCUCUCUCAUGCAUUGUUCAAUGCUACAGCAGAAACAACACUGGCAAGGUAUAUUUGUUUGCAAAAUACAAAAGUGAGUCUCAAACACACAGUCUGAGUCUAGAGUCCCAGCCUCAGAAAUGUGCUUUGCUUGCAUGGUUCAGAGAGAGGGGAACAGGAAACAAACCAUACUUCCUCCCUCCCCUUGCCUAGAAAUUUACAGCUCUGUGUUCUUUAACCCCUUUCUUACUGACAAUUAUGCACAGUUACGAUUAGCUGCGUAAAAUCUCCCACACUUUCCCCAUGCCUCUCCUAAAAUUAGCUCUUUUUCGGGAGCUAUUUUUAAAACAGGCCCAAACUCACAGCUACCAGAUGUACCUACCAAACAUACAUAUCUCCAUAAGCCAACUUGACAAUAAAAUAUAUGUCUUUGGUGAAUUAGUAUUGAGAGCUUCUGGGAGCAAUGGAAACUCUUGCAAUAAAUGUGGCACUGGUUGGAUUUUCAGUGUAAAACAAGCCUGUGCAAAGAUGUGGGGUGAGUGGGCAAGUGUCAGACGAAAGGAAUAAAAGGGUUUGUCUUUUAUUAGGCAAACUAUCUGCACUGUGCUUGAAAACCUCAAUAACUGGGAUUAGGCUAGGAAUCCUGUGGCCCUCCAGUUGCUGCAAGACUACAGCUCCCAUAAUCACACACCAUUUGCCACCUUAUCUGAGGGGAGAUAGGAGCCAAACAACAUCUGGAGAAACACAGCUUCCCCAUCUAUGGACUGGAAGGACAGUAAGGCAGUGAUCUUUACUUAUGCUAUGCUGACCACCAUAGCUGUCAACUUUUCCCUUUUCUUGCAAAGGGAAUUUCCCUUAAAAAGGGGGAAACGUUGACAGAUAUGCUGACCACACCCACGGCUAGCAAAGCCAGUCUCUUGGAUUUAAACUGACUUUGUCCCAUUGAGGCUAUCUGGAUCAAACCAGCUUCUGUUCAUGUUACCUGCCAAUUGUUUUGGCGUAUCUGGAUUGUGAAUAGGGGUUGAAAGCUGUGUGCAUGUGUUCAUGCUAUGAACCAGCCCAUAAAUUAAGAGCCUAGAUAAACAAAGGCUUCUACAUGAGUAACACUACCUGUAACACCUGUUUGUUUCUGGUUGAGCUGACUGACUGAUUCUUUCUCUGGAUCUGCAGCAACGCCUCCGGAGUCUGAGUUCAAGGACUGUUUCCAGAAGAUCAAAUACAGCUUCAUUUUGCUGGUAGGUCAGUGUACAGCCUGCACAAACUUGGCAAGGAAAUUCUCCAGCAUGAGCAGGGCUGGCCGCGUAUCUGAAGAGAGAGGCAUCUCCCCCGCCUGAAGGCCCGGCCUCCCAAGCGCGGAGCAACUAGGGCAGAUGCACAAAGAGCCCUAUUGUGUCCUGCUGCAGCCAUUCAUUGCAAAUGGAGAGGCUCACGGUGGAUUUGUUUUGGAGAUAUCUUGACCCACCAGAGCAGGAUAAGGAAUGUAUGGAUAGGAGAAGGUGGGGAAUAGGGAUGUGAACCAGUACGGAGAUGGAUAAAGGAUCAAAUAGUAUCCAUUGAUUAUAUUUUGUACCUGCUUUCCAGAUGGGAAAAAAAACCCCUUUUCCCAAAGCAAUUAAAAUUCAAUACACAAUGCCGCUGGCAGGCAUUCUCCAUAAAAGACACAGGUCCUCCCUGUGAGCCACAGUCUAAGGGACAAACCAGAUGACAUGCCAUUUUUACAAUUAGCAAGUGCAAUUAGGAACAGUGUUUUUCAAAAGGAAGGGCAAGCCUCAUCCUGACAAUGUUUUUCUUCAUUUUCUCUCUUAGCUGCCCAAGUUUCAGUUCCUAACAGGAGGCUGGUUGGGCACUAACUCUUUUUUCUCUACCGACUUUUCUCAUCCAACUUGCCCCUUUUCCCAGGGGGGAAGGAGAAGAGAUGUGAGGGAAGAGGGAAUGACAGAUAACAGAACACCAUGUGUAGUUUCAGUCUUAAAGGCAAGACAUAGAGGGAAAGGGAAGUGGAGAGGAAAGAUAGAGAAGGGAGAGGAUAUUUGACAGUGCCAGAAAAAAGGGGAUGAGUUGCUUACAGGCAGCAGGCCCAAGUCAUUUUGCCGCCUGAGGCAAAGGACAAGGUGACACCUCCCCCAUUCCAUGUACAGAAGCCAGCCAGAUUGGCAGCAGUUGACCUUACUUCCACACUGGCAAUCAGACAGCAUCCUCCACCUCACCUGAGGGAAGCAGGUUAGCUUAGGUAGCACAUGACGACACACACAGCUGUGUUGACUCCUGCCACCCUAUUUGCAGCUGCCACCUGAGGCAGCCACCUCAUUCUGUCCCACAGUAGACAAGCUUUGGUAGCAGGCAUCAACAUCCAGUUGAAGGAGGCCAGGCUGAUCUCCCCUUGCUGGUGGUAGCACUGGGCAGAAAUGGUGCCGCUACCCAGUGUUUCAUGGUCCUCGGGCCAUUGAUUGGGAAGGGGAAGAGUGCCACUCCCUAGUCUCUGCCACCACAGAGCAACUGAAAGUUGAAACAGUGUUUUUGCUAAGGGGUGGGGAAGCAAGCUUUCUGCAGCUCCAUGCAUUAAAAUUAAUGGUCCUAACUUAGUCAUGUGCAUUUUGAUAGGUCUGCUCUGAGAAAAAGUUAAAUGCCACCCGGAGAAAUAUAUUAACAGUGUAAAUAUUAGCUUGCCUUUCCCCCCCAGGCAAAACUUGAACAUACAAUGCAGCAACCAAGCGCUCCUGAGAUGGUUCAGCUCAUCUUUUCCACUUUGAAAAUUGUGAGUAUUCUAGCCAGGAACAGACUCCUGGAGGCCUCUGGUGGUAAUCUACUCUCCCCCAUUAUUAUUAAAGAUAUUAUUUGCUAUAUCAGUGUGUGCCACUGAAACUCUGCUAUGGAUUUUCCUGUGCCAUAAUAAUUAGAUUUCAUAGUGCUUGGAUUAAGGACUCCAUGCAUUUUACUCCUAACCUGCUCCUGAUUUGUUGGUGACCUUGAUGCCCCCCAAGCACUAUUAUAUAUAUCUCACUUUCUGCAUGAAAGGGGACAAUCGCCAAAUGAUACCUGUGAAGAAAAUUCCUAAAACCUUGAGAUCCCUAGAAGGAGGCAGUAGAGAGAUGAAUAGUAUUACCUUUGGUCCUCUCUUUGGGCACAACAAAGGGUUCUUAUGAGCUUAUGUUCAGAAGAAGUCUUCCUGGAGACCUGACCACACUGGGCAGGGACAAAGAUACUGUCAGGCUCCAUGAUCUCAUAUGCUGUUGCUUUGCAGGUUUUGUCCAAUUGUCCUUGGACCAACUUGGCCUCUACGGUGUCCUCACCUUUGCUGAUUCCUGCAGCAAUUGACUUGCUAAGGUGCUCGUUGGAUUCCAAAGACCAGCUUAUUUGGAAGAAUUUGGGAGAUGCUUGGAAUCUAAGCAGGUACGGAUAAAGCCCACAAAGGAGCUAGCAUGUGCAAAGCAGCAUGCCAUUUGAACUUAAUGAUAGACAUUAAUGAGUACAUUCCAGUGACAUAUCUCACUGUAGCAGGAACCUGGCCAGAGGCAUCUGCCAGGCCACCGCUGGAAACAGACAACUGGUCUUUUGGCCUGAUCUAGCAAGACUCUGAUUAUGUUCUUCAUUUGCAGCUGCACUAUGUCUUUUGUUGACCCUAGCUCUGAGUCACACCUUGAAAGUGUGUAAAAGUACAAGUAACUCUGCCACGCAAGUGAAUUUCCAGCAGGAAGUCUGAAGAAAAGGUCAUGGACUUAAUAUCCUGCAUUGCGAGAAACAUCCUUGGCUCCACAUCUGUAGCAGGAUGCACCUUCGCAUUUUGGAAGGCCCUUCACUACAAGUUCUCUUCUUCCCCCAUAGGGCAGAACAUCCAGAGGGACCAUCCAUCCCCAGCUACCAGCCCACGUUCUUGAGUGGAUGGGUGCCGCCGAUGCCCACUCGGAGGCAGAGCUCUGUUGAUUUCGAUAAGGUGAAUCUCUCCUUUAAAAGCACAUGAAAAGCAGAAGUAGACCUUGCAACCUGUAGUACUGAAACACAAGGGGGAACUGUGUGUUUCCCUGGUAACUAGCGAUGACAAAGGAUAACAUCAUUCUGCUGCUGUCUCUGCACAUGAAUUUAAUGAGCAAGAGCAGUGGCUUUGACUCAGAAUAAGCUUUUUAAAUAUCCAAUACAUUUCUUGUGUUUUCCUCCACACAGGUCCGCACAGAAAGCCGGAGUAGCUUCUCAAGCAGGUAUGUUCUCUUACUGGCUCUAGCAUGUGACGUUCUUGUUGUUGUUUAGUUGUGUCCGAGCCUUCGUGACCCCAUGGACCAGAGCACACCAGGCACUCCUGUCUUCCACUGUCUCCCGCAGUUUGGUCAAACUUAUGUUAGUAGCUUCGAGAACACUGUCCAACCAUCUAGUUCUCUGUCGUCCCCUUCUCCUAGUGCCCUCAAUCUUUCCCAACACCAGGGUCUUUUCCAGAGAGUCUUCUCUUUUCAUGAGAUGACCAAAGUACUAGGAGAUAAAGUUUAGGGUUGUGGACAUGUGCAAAUCCCAUUGAACCCAACAGCAAAACAGCACAUAGAAAAAACUGUGUUUGUCUCAGGAGUCUAUAUCCUCACAAUUCUGAGUCCCCUUGAUUAUCCCUACACAGAAAUUAAUCAGAAAAUGAUUCUAUCAGCCAUGUAUAUGCCUGUAUGUGAAUAUGUACACGUUAUUCUAGUCCUAAAGCAGGCCUCUCAUUUUCCAUUCUCCUGCUCUCAUCUCCUGCUCUCAUCAGGGCAUCUGAUGCUCCCCAACUUAUGCAAGCCAUAUGUGACUUCCAUGCAAGAAACCCCAGGGAGCUCACAUUGAUGAAAGGAGAUCUCCUAGAGGUAAGACAGAAGUUCCUUACCCUUCAGCAAACUAACCUCCUGGUAAAAACAGCACUUUCAAUAAUAAUAACAAUUUAUUAUUUAUAUCCCACCUUUCUGGCUGGGUUUUCCCAGCCACUCUGGGAGGCUUCCAAUAAAAUAUUAAAAUACCGUAAUACAUCAAACAUUAAAAGCUUCCCUGAACAGGGCUGCCUUCAGAUGUCUUCUAAAGUCUGGUAGUUGUUUUUCUCUUUGACAUCUGGUGGGAGGGCAUUCCACAUGGUGGGUGCCACUACCGAGAAGGCACUCUGCCUGGUUCUCUGUAACUUGGCUUCUCACAGUGAGGGAACUGCCAGAAGGCCCUUGGCGCUGGACCUCAGUGUCUGGGCUGAAUGAUGGGGGUGGAGAUGCUCCUUCAGGUAUACUGGAACAAGGCCAUUUAGGGCUUUAAAGGUCAGUACCAACACUUUGAAUUGUGCUCAGAAACAUACUGGGAGCCAAUGUAGAUCUUUCAAGACCGGUGUUAUGUGGUCUCGGCAGCCACUCCCAGUCACCAGUCUAGCUGCCGCAUUCUGGAUCAGUUGUAGUUUCCAGGUCACCUUCAAAGGUAGCCCCACAUAGAGCAUGUUGCAGUAGUCCAAGCGAGAGAUAACUAGAGCAUGCACCACUCUGGCGAGACAGUCUGUGGGCAGGUAGGGUCUCAGCCUGCGUACCAAAUGAAGCUGAUAAACAGCUGCCCUGGACACAAAAUUGACCUGUACCUCCAUGGACAGCUAUUCCUUCUGCAUAAGCUCAGCAAGCCUCCUGCCCUGUUGCUUAAUUGCACCCAUGUGCACUCCAAAUGAUUGCAGCCCAAUCAUGACUCAGGCAGGUCAGGAAGGGGGGGAAACCAGAUCAAUGGGAAUAGGGUAAUAAUUCCCAUUAUCAAGCAGUGGUUUCAGCAAUGUUGCAUGAGCUUAUUAGAAAGAAAAGACAGGGUUAAAGGGUUAAAGACUUUGAACCCUAAUCUUUGUCAAUAAAUCGCUCUUGCUGUAGAUGGACUCUGGAGCUGGAAGCUAAUCAGUAGACAAUAGAACCUCUCCCACCCAAAGAGAGAAGUCUCUCCAACCUUUUCUUAAUAUCUCUGAUGAUUCACUGUUCCAACUAGCUCAUUCCAUUUCUGCCUCACUGAUAAUUUUUGCUUAAUGCAACCUUUGCCAAUGCCAUGCUCUCCAGAUAUUUUGGACUCCAACUCCCAAGAGCUCCAGCUCUUGGAGAUGGGAGCUGUAGUCCAAAGUAACUGCAGUGCUUUUCAUGUUCCAUCAGUGCAACAGACUUUCUCCCUCCUCUAGUGAGGGAGAAGAUUACAUUGCACAAGCAAGAAUUAUUGUACUGAUGGGACAUGGGACUUGGUGCUAUGUUGGAUUCCACCCUUGGAGAUCACCAGCUUGCUAAAGGCUGGUUUACUAUCCUGCAUUAUGGAACUCGAAAGUUAAGUGGGUAGCCCUUGGCUUGUACUAACAUCACUGAUAUCUCCUUUCUCAUGGUUACAUUCCACCCUCACUAGAACUCAAAGGCAGUAUACAGUGGGACCUCAGUUUAAGAACAGGCCUGUUUACGAUCUAUUCGGUUUACGAACUCUGCAAAACUGGAAGUAGUGUCUCGGUUUGUGAACUUUACCUCGGUCUAAGAACAGAAUCCGAACGGUGGAAGGGCACAAGCGGCGGGAGGCCUCAUUAGGGAAAGCGUGCCUCAGUUUAAGAACAGUUUCGGUUUAAGAACGGACUUCCGGAAUGGAUUAAGUUCGUAAACUGAGGUACCACUGCACAGGUAUUUCAUUUUAAUCAGUUGCAGUGUUUUGGAGUAAUCACACAUUCUCCUUUGUUUAGGUUUUGGAUCAACGGAAAAAAUGGUGGCUUGCUAGAAAUGCUGCAGGAGAGACAGGCUAUAUCCCUAACAAUAUCCUGGAGCCUAUGGAACAGAAGACACCUAAUGGGAACAACGCAGAGCAAGUAGGUACUAUUCUUUAUUGUGCUGGAUGGCAUUGCAGUGGCACAGAGAUAGGGAGCUAUGAGUUGGUAAAAUACAUCUGCUCUGCACAGUCUUUGAGCAUAUCAAUGUCUGCCCUUCAAAAGAGGCAACGCAAUGCAUGACCAGAAACCUAGAAAGUGCUCCAGAGGAAAUUUAGGUAGCUCUGCAAACAACUGCUGGGAGCCAGCUGUGCAUGGGACUCCCUUUGCUUCAUUUCUCUCCUCACCUCCACCCCCGGUUCAAUAUUGGGACAUAGGCUAUUUUUUCCCCUUUUCACAGAAGCGGAUGAAAUUUGCAAGCAUACCAACCCUCUAUGGUGGCUAAAGCUUGCCAAUUUACAGACUAAGAAAUUCACAAGUGUUUGUACUGAAAAGCUCUGAAAUGUGAUUUACUGUUGUUCUUGUUGUUGUUGUUGUUUUAAGGAACCAUGUACAGUUGUUGUUUUUUAAAAAAAGUUUAAUCAAAAAAAAUUUGAUUAAAUUUGCAAACAAGCUUGCCUAUUCUGAAUCCUGCCGGAUUUCAAAAGGCCAGCUGCAGUGGUUUUCCAACAAAAGCAGCUAUUAGAAGCAGGGGUGGGGUAACUCCAGCCCACCAGGCCUCCCCAAUUGGGCCCCUGAAGCCAUUUCAGGCAAGCCAUAUCCACCUGCUCCAUAGCCGAUAUCUGUGGAUCAGGUAAAAGCAGAGCUUGGCCAAAGAGGGCCAAGCACCCAACAACCACCUGCAGCCCUAUGCUCAGUGCUGGGAAAGUGCUGAGUGGUGAUGGAUUUCAGUCAGGACCAUGGCAGAGAAAAAGCAUUUAAUCUGCCCUCCCCCAACACCAGCUUUUUAUUUUUUUUUAAAGCAACUAUGCAAAUUCAUAUCUAGUUUGGUUCUGAGAGCUAAAAGAAAGAAAAAUUAAGUACCCAAAAUUGCAGCCACUCAGCUGUUCAGGAUGUAAGCCUUUAGUUGGAGGCAAUCAUUGUUCUCUGUUAAAUAUCUUUCUCCUCAUGUGUCUGCAUUAAGGUUUCAAGAGACUUCCCUGAUCUCCGGCCCAGUUCUUCACCAGCAGAAGUCACAGUUUGGCUCAGGAUGAAAGGUUUUUCCAAGAUGUAGGUGCUGCAUUAAUAACUGACCCAAGAAAGCUUAUCCCUAACAAAUAACUCGGCCCCACACCCUUUCCUAGGUGCUGUGUUUCUGAUACAUAGCUUAGCAGACUGCCUGCAAAGAUAAUAAACUUUCAAUUUAGACUUAAAAGGCAUGAAGAUCAACAAAGCCCGAUAUCACAGUGGCACUAUUAUCAUGGUCUGGGGCCAGUUUCAGAAAUUGUCUGGUUAUUUCUCCAUUGAAAAACAAUGGAAUAGUAGGGAGUGCCACUCUUGUAUACUUUAUCACGAUGAUGGUGUGCGCUGGAUUUUAAAAAAUCCAAACUCUGUAUAAAGAUGACUCGAAUGGAAAGCUCAGAAAUAAUGAAAUGUGAUUUGAUUAUCUUGCACAGUAUGUUCUACAACCAAAGAACAUGGAGGUUUUUGCAAAGUUCAGGGAGAACAGGAGAAGGGAAGGUUGUGAAUAUAAGAGAUGGUACAUAGGGCUAAAAAACCAUCCUCAAGAGUGGAGUGAAAUUCUUCCCGGCUGUAAUCCCUGUUCUGCCUCCCUCUAGCUUCAGAGAUUUCACCAAAGCUUCAGAGAUUUCACUACUAUAGAUGAAAAUGUGGUUUUAAAGAGGAUCUCAGUGCUGAGUUCUGUAUGAAAUAUCCAGUUCUAGGUUUGCUGAGCCAUGCAGAACCAAAAGUGACCUAGAGGCUCAAGUGAUGGGUUUGGAUGUAAAAGAGCCAGGUUCAAAUUCUCAGUCACCCAUUUAAGGAAGUUGCUGUCUCUCAGCCUUACUUAUCUCACAGAAUUGUUUUUUCACACAGAAUGAUAAAAGCAUAUAAACUAAAGUGGGCUAAAAACUGCUUGGUCAGCUAGCACUGUAUUUGUGGCAAAGUCUACCUUCUGCCUGGCACAGGCUUGAGGAAGAGGUGGUGCUGUGGUCUAAUCCACUAUGCCUCGUGGGCUUGCCAAUUGAAAGGUCAGUGGUUUGAAUCCCAUUGUAAGCUCCCGUUGCUCUGUCCCAGCUCCUGCCAACCUAGCAGUUCAAAAGCACACCAGUGCAAGUAGAUAAAUAGGUACAGCUGUGGCAGGAAGGUAAACUGUGUUUCCAUGCGCUCUGGUUUCUGUCACAGUGUUUGGUUGCACCAGAAGCGGUUUAGUCAUGCUGGCCACAUGACCCGGAAAGCUGUCUGCAGACAAACACUGGCUCCCUCGGCCUGAAAGUGAGAUGAGCACCAUAACCCCAUAUUCACCUUUGACGGGACUUAACUGUCCAGGGGUCCAUUACCUUUUACCUUUUACUGUUCUCUUCUCUUUGGGGAUGUCUCAAGCCUGUACCAUCUUUUGCCACCUUGCUUUGAUGCUUUCUCUCUCUCUCUCUCACACACACACACACAUGUACACUUGUCGCGAAUUCCUCGCGGCGCUUUUAGCAGAACGCUCAGAGUCCCAGGUUCUUUAGUGCAGUAUUGUUUAAUGUGAGCCAAAUAUAUAUACAAAUAUUUACAGAAGCAGUUCAGACAGAGUACCUGCACCUUGAGGCAAAAGAGGACUCCACACUCAUCUACACCACUCCGCCACAGCACCACAAUUACUGUUGAACAGGCUUUUCUUUUAAAACAGGUGACAGCCAAUCACGUUACUGCUGAGUCAUUCUGACCCAGCACUUCACAGAGUAUUGCAUCAGCCUGUUGCAAGCUGAAGCCUGCAGACUUACUCAGCAUCCUGCGAAUCCCAACAACACUUUCCCUUCUUCCUUCAUCUUUCAACAGUACAGUGAAGGCCCUUGGAGUCCUUGACGGAAACCAGAUUCUGUCACUGAGCAGAGAGGAGCUGAAAGCAGUUUGCCCGGAAGAAGGAGGAAGAGUCUUUCUCAUGCUUUCAACCAUUAAAUCAGCACUGUAGGUAAGACACCCUCCAACAGAACACUCAUCUGUCUUGUGGCAAGAAGUAUGCUAUAGGGUGGCCUCUUCCCAGGCCACACACCCCUCAGGCUGCUUUGCACCCUCCUUGAGUGUUUUUGCCUGGCUGGAAUAGUCCUUGGAUUGUGGUGAUGCCUCUCACUUGCCUGGACAGAGGAUAGAGAGAUAUGCAUGGGUGCAUGUGAAAACCUCUCAACCUUUAUGGUCAGAGUCUGUUUUCACUGUUAAGAGCCAUGCCUGUUUCUCUACCCACUUUUGCCUCUGGCCAGCUCACCAUUGGUAUGUAGUCGCCAGACAGUUUCUCAUGAUGGAACCUGGCCUUCAGGCUGAAAGCCAGUCCCCUUUCCCCUCCUGUAGGCAAUAUUUGACUGGAUACAAUGCCACAAUGCCAUUGUGUUCUUGCACAGGCUACGCAGUUUCCCAUUGCCUCAGUUUCUCCCUGGUGGAGAUGAAUGUAGGCAUAGGACCCAACUCCUAGGGGCCGAGGUCCCUUUGCCCCCCCCCCCAAAGUUGAUGGGCACUGCCAUUCAAAUGGUGUGUGAGCAGUGUGUCUCUUGAUCGAUUACACAGGGCGUCCCAAUAUUUUAUUCAAGUUGGCACCUGACUAUAGGAACACCAUGGGUGCUUCAUUCAGGGAGAUAUACACAAGUAGAACAUAGGGGUUUUCUACUUGUGUUAUGUUCCUAUACAGCAAGUUCCUUAAUUCAGGGGGAUAGCAUAGGCAUAGCUUGUUGCAUUCCUGCACCAGCUUCUCUCUCUUCAAGCCCCACAGAAAGCUGACAAAGAGACCAGUGACCCACUCUUAUGCACUAAAUGUGUCAGUUUUAGGAUUGUCUCACUUUUAAGACUGGGGGUGGGAAACCUUUUUGGCUCCAGGGACCAAAUCAUCAUCUAGCCCCAUCAUCUAGUACAGAGUUUAUGGGGAAGCACUUGGGGAAAAGUCACUGUUAUCAAGCUCAACAAUUAUGAAGGAUAAAGUAAGCAAUUCUGAAAUAUAACCUCAAGCUUCUUAGAGGUUAGAGGUUUGUAAAUGUGGUAAAUGUAAUGAUUAGAGAUUAUCCAGCACCAACUCCUCUCUCCUUGCUUCUCUUGACAGGAUGAUCCACCAGAGCAGCCAUCUUUAACCACUACAUAAUUAUCAUAAUAGGAACAUGUUAAUGAUUUUCCAUUUUCAAGAAGGUGAAGUGUUUUCCUCUGCAGCUGUGUGCAUACAAAAAAUUGUAAAUAGUGGGGCUGUAAUGCCAUAAAAUAAGAGGUAUUGUCAAUGCAAUUUCUGUGCAAAUCUCAAAAUAUAUGCAAGAUAAGGAGUAGGACAAAUUAGCACAGCAGUACGUUAGUGUAGCAAGUUUAGGAAGGCUGUGUUAUGACCAACUAAACAUUCUUGAUUUAGUCUCCCAGAAAAAGAAUCAAACUUUUCUUAAGUUAGAGCUAUGUCCUAGUGUCCCAGUACCAUUUUUGAUGGGAAAACAUGAACUUUCAAGGUGAGUGGAGGAGCUCACUGCGAGAAUUGAAUGUUUUACAACUAGUUCCUAAAUGUUUCCAUUUGUGUCAAACUACCCAAUAAAUUUUAAUCUUUAAUGUGUCACAACUGCUU